UAAAAAAUUUUUUUUCUAAAAUCUUAAUGGUAUUCAUAGGGAAUAUAUGAACAUAAAAAAGGAAUGCGAAUAAAAAUUGUAAGAAGUUGCGUUUAAAUCGUAGCCGAAGAAAUUUAUUUGCCUCACACGGUAAAUUCAAAAAUUUGGCUAACAAUAUUUCUGUGGUUUGUUUCUACAUAUCCAUGACAAGCAAUUUUCGGUACAUAAAAAUUAUUGAUAAAGUAACAACGAAUCAUAUUGAACAAUUUUGGAUGUCUGAAAAGGAGGUGUUAUUAGUUGAGAUGGUUGAUGGUAGUAAUGAUUCUGAUUCUUCAAAAGAAAGUGAAAACGAGACUUCCACAGACAAAACAGUUUUAAUGCCCACUGAACCAGGUGUUAGCAGACCAGUUAUAAUGGAAACCGAGGCUUACACUUUCACAGCAUCAAACCUUUAUGUUCCGAUUCAGAAACCUGUAUUUACCUAUAAAAUUGACGGAAGGAAAAUAAAACUAACUUGUGGGAUUGAAACAGAAUAUGUUACACAAAAUAACAUGGCUAAAGCACUGGAACGCCAAUAUAGUGCAGUUGAUGAACUUUUCAUGCCUAGGUUUUUCAAUAUCUCAGAAGUAAUUACUUCUCAACAAGAACAAAUGGAAACGUCACAAAAAACGUCAGUUGCGAUUAAAGAAAACUCAAACUCUAAAUCAACCUUAACAAACCAAAAUACUUUAGGUAAUGAUAGAACAAUACGUGAGGAUGAUCACCAAAACUCAUUCCAAAACCCAUUUCAAAAUAAAGCAACAAUGAAGGAGCAAUCAUUGAAAAAUGCCAUCUUCUCGCACUACAAAACUUCUCCAGUUGAUACCUCAACCGAACAAUCAAACUCUAGUGAAACAGAUAAGAAUCUAAAAUAUCCAUCUGGUCCACUAAUGGAACAUAGUACACUAAAAUAUUUGUAUCCAGAAUGUUCUAAUAAUGAAAAGCAAAAUGAAGACAUCACGUUACUAUUUUCUGUGUUGGAAGGAAAAUGGUAUGUUGAAGGAGAUGUAGCACCAUUUCCGAAAGAACUAGAACCAUAUAAUAAACCAAUGAACAGCAGUUAUACUCGUCUUAAAGAUCUAAAUACCGAUUCUUAUCCCACCGCUUCCGAAAACUGUGAUCACAAUACACGUAGAAAACAAAAUGAAGUUAUAUCAUAUCCGGAUUAUAUUCCUCAGGAACCAGGCACUACUAUGUAUUUUUCAGUGAAAGAUAAAAAAUGAUUUAGUUAAUGGCAUCUUAAACUAUUCAUACUGCAUCCUUAAAUCAAUGUAUCAAUGUGAAGUUCGUAUAUGGUUCCAAUACAAAAGUUUAAGUUUGCGUGAAGUUAGUUGAACUGUAUAUGUUAUAUUAUAUAUACAUAUAUAUAGAUUGGGCUCCAUUUAUCGUAUAUGAUAUAUAAUUACAUCAAUACGUUCGUAACUUGAAAGCUGAAGGCCGAUACAUCAAAUAUGACCAACACAUUAUCAGAGAUAAUAUCGGAAACAAGUCGCCGUUUUCAUCAUUAAUGUAUUCGUUCUAGUACUGUGUACUAGAACCGUUAAGAGAAAAUAUUUUGAGAGCAAAUUCUAUGUAGCGAAAUUAAAAAAAUAAUCGAAUUUAGUGACAGUAGAAGUUUUAUUCCGAAUAUAUAGAUGUGCAAAUCAUUUGGCAUUGUUAAGAAUCAAAAAAUUUUGUAUCUGUUUUAUUGAAUACAAUAUA